AAGAAACAAAUAAAUGCUGCAAGGGGCGGCGGUGGCAGCAGGUGUGUUCGGGCCAUCGAAAACCUGUUUUCGAGUCAAGAGCAAACAAACAAAACGGCAUACCGCGUCGCAAAAGUGUAAAAGUGUGCCGCCAACGAAGAAGCAGCACCAACAACAGCAACAGAAGCAGCGCAGCCAACGUCAAGCUCGAGCAGCCACUGUGAUUUCACUUUUCAACAGUUGCCAACAGAGAGCAGCAAACGAGUGCACGGAUCAGCAUAAAUCAGCAGUUAAUAGUUGAAUUGUGCAAUACAUUGGAUUUAGAAACUACCGUUACAAAGAUGAAUCGAGUGGGUGCAGUGAUUAUGCAACAAAUGCUGCGACAAAGGAUGCAGCCGCGGCAGCUGCAACGAUGCCUCGAACAAGUCUCACCUGUUGAGCAGCCACACCUGUCAACUUUCACUCAAUUACGAUGCACGUCUGCGUCAGCGGCGAACAACAAACAGGUGACUCCACCGCGCCACGAUUGGAAUCGCGCCGUUAGCGAGGCGGAAAGGAUCGUCGGGUAUCCCACGUCCUUUCUAAGCCUGCGCUGGCUCCUGAGCGACGAAAUCGCAAAUGUAGCGCUACAUCUGCGCAAACUGGUGGGCAGUGCGCAUCCGCUAAUGAAGACAGCCAAGCACCUCCUCUACAACGGCAAGAAUACCAUGCAAGCGUGGGGUCUCAUUGUCUUGCUUGUAUCCAAGGCCGCUGGACAUGCUCCUAGCAUACCCGAUGUGGAGCAGGACAAGAGCGCCGGGGUGCUCCACUCACAGCGCGCGCUAGCCGAGGUCACCGAGAUGAUACGAAUCUCCCAUUUGGUGCACAAUAGCGUUGUCAACUUGCAAAGUGGCACUGAGGCAGGCCAGGAUACAACCACCUACGAUGACAUGUCAUUUGGCAACAAGAUUGGCUUGCUCACCGGCGACUAUUUGCUUGGCCAUUCCAGUGCGGAGCUUGCGAAUCUGCGCAAUCAGGAAGUGUCCGAGCUCAUCUCGUCAGCUGUGCGAGAUUUUUCCGAAUCGGAGUUUAUAGGGGAGCGCGAUGAGCAGAACAACCCGCUGCCCUUCAAGCCGGGCACAUUCCAACGUCCCUCACUCACCGUGGGCGUCGACUUCAACGAGCACGAUGUGAUGACGCCCAUGCCGAUUGGCCAGGUGAUGGGUAAUCCGGAGCAGGAGUGGGAAUGUCGGAAUAUCUUGAAUGCGGGUAGCCUGCUCGGCAAAUCCUGUCAGGCGUCCCUCAAACUGGCCGGCCAGAGCGAACAGAUGCAGCGGCACGCCUACCGCUUUGGCAAGCAUCUGGCGCUGGCCUGGCAGGCUUGCCUCGAUGCCGAGAGUUUUCAGAGCCCAACGCUGCCACCGGAUGCAACCUUCAGUCUGGUUAGUGCGCCUGUCCUCUUCCAUUUGGAGCACGAUCCCAGUCUUUAUAAGCUAAUCGAGCCGGGCAAAAAGUCCGUGGACCUCGUCGACUACAAUCAAAUACACAAGGAAAUCCUUGCGGGUCCAGCGCUGGCCAAGACAAAGGAGCUGCAGCGAAAGCACACGGAAGCUGCCCUAGGUGUCCUGCAACAUUUUCCAGCUACUGAUGCGCGCCAGGCUCUAGAGAACAUUAUCCUGGCCAUGCAGGACUUGUGAUCAACUAAAAGCGGC